CGAGGGCCUGCCAAUCUGAACAGCUUCCUGUUGUAAAGCCACCCAGGGGCUACCUGCCCCUACAUUGUCAGCCCCCAGCAUGCAAGACACUGUAACAACACCACAACCAUCAGCCGUCAGCCGCCCCUCGCUCUCCACCCAAGAUAAGACUUCCACUGGAAUCACAGGUUCACAGCCUUGGAAGCCCAUGGUCACACCUGCCUCUGUGAAGUCAAAACCCCCAACUUCAGGGAACAGUUUCUAUCGGAUGCGCCGGAUCAUUGCUGAGGAUCCUGAGUGGUCACUGGCCAUUGUGCCCCUCCUCACAGAGCUCUGCAUUCAGCACAUUGUCAGGAACUUCCAAAACAACCCUAUCCUGAAGCAGCUGCUCCCAGAGCACCAGCAGAAGGUCUUGAGCCGUCUGUCCCCUGACCUGCCACUGACUGUGACCGCCAACCUGAUAGACGAUGAGGGCUACUGGCGCCGCUGCUGCACGCAGCGCUGGCCUGUGUGCUACGUGGCCCAGCAUGGUGGCAGCUGGAAGCACAUGUUCUUCGAGCGCCACCUGGAGAACCUGCUAAAGCAUUUUAUCCCUGGCACCACGGACCCUGCGGUCAUUCUGGACAUGGUGCCGCUAUGCAGGAACUACGUGCGGAGGCUCCACGUGGAUCAGUUCCUUCCGCCCGUGCGCCUCCCGUCCCCGCCCCGGGCCGUGGACCAGUCAGACUCCGGCAGCGAGGGGGAAGUGGAGGAGUCCACCACAGACCACUACCAGCUGGGUGAUCUGGUGGCUGGCCUGAGCUACCUGGAGGAGCUGGACCUGGUAUAUGGUGUCAAGGAUUGUGGCAUGAACUUCGAGUGGAAUCUCUUCCUCUUCACCUACCGCGAUUGCCACUCCUUGGCGGCCACCAUCAAGGCAUGCCUCACCCUCAAGAUCUUUAGACUGACCCGAAGCAAGGUGGAUGAUGACAAGGCACGCAUCCUAAUUCGAAGCCUCCUUGACCACCCGGUCCUUGAGGAGCUUGAUCUGUCACACAAUCUCAUUGGGGACCGUGGUGCACGUGGUGCUGCCAAGCUACUGAGCCACAGCCGCCUUCGUGUGCUCAACCUGGCCAACAACCAGGUGCGUGCGCCCGGUGCCCAGUCACUGGCUCAUGCUCUGGCACACAACACCAGCCUCAUUUCUCUCAACCUGCGUCUCAACUGCAUUGAAGAUGAGGGUGGCCAGGCUCUUGCCCAUGCUUUGCACACCAACAAGUGCCUCACCACAUUGCACCUUGGUGGCAAUGAGCUGUCAGAGCCCACUGCCACACUCCUGGCCCAGGUGCUAUCCACCAACACAACACUUACCAGCAUCAACCUAUCCUGCAACCACAUUGGGCUGGAUGGUGGGAAGCAGCUCCUAGAAGGCAUGUCAGACAACAAGACCCUCCUGGAGUUUGACUUGCGGCUGUCCGAUGUAGCCCAGGAGAGCGAGUACCUCAUUGGCCAAGCCCUCAAUGCCAACCGAGAAGCAGCCCGCCAGCGGGCCUUGAAUCCUAUCCAGUUCAUGUCACCAAUCACUGCUGAUGGCCCUGAGAACUCUGCAGGAUGA